AUGGGAGACUUUCUGACAGCUGUGAAAACCACACGUCAUGAUCAGGUUGCGUCGAACUCGAGCCUUGAUGAGAAGCACACUGCCAAGGAAUUAGUGACAGAGGCAAAUAAUCAUGCUGAUCGUGAUCCUUCAUCUCCAGAAUAUGUCUUGGGGGUAUUGAAAUUUAAUCCCUCUCACGAUCAGCUAUAUGAUGUCUUGCACACACUGGAUCCUGCAAACAGAAACAGAGAAAAUAAGACGUUUGACAUUAGAAUCGCCAGUCCCAUAACUGCUCAAAUUCUUCAGAUCUUAGUCAGCACCACGAUUCCUGACCACUGGAGGAGUCUUGAGACCGAUUCCAGCAAGCGUGGAGCCCACGAGCAAAGUACAAAGCUACAGAAAAUAAGGGGUGCUCUGUUAAGAUGUCUUUGCAGCAUAACGGGUAUCAGCGCUAUAGUGACCCAGCUGCGCACUCUAAUCACUGCUCUGCGCUCUGCGCCAGAGCAUGAAAAGGAGUCUGGCAGAAAGCUGGUGAUUCGAGACACGUUAGCCGUUCUUUCGGCUCUCUUGAAACCGAAAGAUCUACUAGUUCGCCUUUAUGAGGACGUUUCUUCGCUGUAUACCACUGCGACGAAAACGCAAAUUGCCUGGAAAGAACUAUGCACUCUUAUCGCUGGUGGAAGGGUCCUAUCGACCGUAGCAGAGGCUCUGUCAUGUAUCAAAGACCUGGAUGACUUGGAUUCGAUCUCAUGGGUUGGCGAAGGAAGCCAAUAUGCGUCUUGGUUGGGCCAGAAUCUGUAUUCAAUGGUGUCUAACGGAGACCUCGGUAAUGAGGAAUUCUGGAAGUCUACGGCACUGAUGACUGGCCGUGCGCUCAGCCUUGGCUAUACUGAUCAGCUUGUGAGGGAGUUAUAUUCGAGUCUUCUUAACGACCAAGGCUUCUCAACACGUUGGGGACCAUUCUUCGACUGUCUACGCCUGCAAGAGCAGACAACUAUAUUAGAAAGUAUUUUUCGUGACGUUGAGAGAACCUAUUUUUCACAAGAGGAUGGCAAGGGGAGUGAGAGAGAUGAGAUUAUCGGCAGCUUAGCCGCUCUCUUCUCCUGCAUCAUAAACAACAGAGCUCCUCUAGAACUUCAGGUUCAAUCUUGGCUCGCGACAGGUCAAGGGGGCUUCAUUCAAAGUAUCGGACUGCGCCGUUCGCUUUUAGUUCAUUACUCGAACAAAGAGGGUAAGGUUUUUCUGUGUGUAUGGUUCUUAGAAGUGGCAGCAGCUGACUUAUCCCGUUCAGAGGCUCUUAAGGAUUUGUUCAGGAAAAGUCUCAGUAACUUUGGAGACAGCUUUAUUAUCAAGCACACUCCGGUACCAACUCAAGAAGCGAACGCGCAGGUGGUUUUGUUGGCAGGUGGCUAUCUAAAUCGACUAUGCAAAUCAGAGAUACAAGAGGUCGGACGAUCGGGUCUUUACCUGAAUGCGGUCUCGAACCGCUUGGCAGCAUCGUCAUCUAGAGCUCGCUUUUUGGGCAUGAUAAUUGGCAUGGGCAUUUCGCAGCUGAUUGAACCGCCGGGAAAGGCCAUGAAGUUUGACCUUGAAGAAGUGGAAACUGAGGAAGCUCGAUGGUAUCUGGGUCUGACAAAUGUGGACGACAAAGUUAGAUCGCUUGAAACAUUGCGGGAUCGCAAGCAAAAUGAGACGAAGCGACCGCGUAGGAAACCGAAAGGCCCCUCAGUGUCCAGCUCUCAGCCAUCUCGAGGCCAACAAGCUGCUGCUGGCCAAUCAUCAAAGAUUGUCGCUAUAGAAGAAAUAUCCGAUGAUGGGGAAGAGGAAGACGACCUCGUACCUUACGAAAAGCCAGACUCUGACCCCUCUGACUCUGAGGAAGACCCGACAUUAAUUCAACGAUCAAAGCCGACGAGUCCUGUGUAUAUCCGUGAUCUAUUGGCGUAUCUGCGAGACUCGGAUAAUGUCGAUCGCUACCAUCUAGGCAUCAUAAACGCAUCGUCCCUCAUACGUCGUAAAUCCGCCUUCGGCACUGAGCUCGUGGAAAAGAUCGAGGAACUGGCUCUUGCCAUUGUUGGUCUUCAGGACAAGUACAAACUGCCACAGUUUCACGAACAUCGGUUACAGAGCAUGAUUGCGCUGCUCGUUGCCCAGCCUCUCAGAAUGGGCCGGUGGUUUUCACUCACAUUUUUCGAUGGAGAUCUGUCACAGGCUCAACGCUCAGCAAUUCUGACGGCGCUAGGGCUGAGCGCUCGCGAGCUUGCAGGGUAUGGAGAGGAGGACGCGAAGGUCCUCGGGCUGCCAUCAAUUUCACCAGAAGCAUCCUUCCCUUCAAAGAAACUCCCUAGCCAUUUGCAGGGGAUGUACCUCACCGAGGGAGAAUCGCCCGUGGCUGCACUCACGAAGCAACUCUCCCGGACAUCACUGCAACCACUGGCCCUCGAGGCUGCGGAUGCCGCUACGGGACCGAACGCCCUGAAGGUGCGCACCUUCUCGUCUCGCAUGGAAGUGGAGAGGCAGCGCCAGCAGCGGGAGGCGCAGAGGAAGAAGAAAUCCACGUCACAGGACCUCCACCGGGUGCUGUCCGAGGGAUACUUCUAUCCGCUGGUCGGACGCUUCGGCAUGAUGAUGCAUUCUACUUCGUCAUCAACGUCCUACAACCCCUUCCUGACACCUAAUCUCCUCCGCCUAUUCCUGCAGACCCUCACUCUGAUCCUGUCCACUCUCGGUCCGCACACGCCCUCUCUGCCAUCCCUCAGUCAGGAAACCCUCUCCCUGAUCCUCUCCCUCCACGCGACCCCCGUCUCAAGCGAACCGAUCGUCCUGCCCGCAUUACUGUCCCUCUUCCUCGCCGUGAUUGACCUCAACAUUGGAUCGGGCACUUCGGGCGAAGAGAGACUGGUCACCGAGUACGCAACACAGGUCAUGGAGCUGCGGGAAUGGGCGAACGACGUGUUCGAGAGAACGCCCGCGGGGGGCAAGAAAAAAGACGCUGAUGGAGGAGACGUGGACGAUCUGGAGCAAGUGCGGAUCUUGGCCGCAGGAAUCUUGGUGAAACUCAAUGAAGUGGUGCAGAGGUAUCAGGGACGGCUAAUGGGGGUGAACGUUGGGUUCAAAUAUUAA